CACAAGGGCUCCCCAGUGACGUCAUUUUGUGCGACGGCUGCAGGAAGGACCCCGGCGCAGGUUGUCCCGGGAAGGACAGCGACAUGUUUGGGACAACAGUGGCCCGUGGUUUGAGGGUGACCUGGAAAGCUGGGGUCAUUAGUGUGUCCAAGUUUCAUGCCAGCUCAAAGCAUGGGAUUCAAUAUGGCUUCUGGGCAUACAUGUUGGGGGAGAGGACAACCAAACGAUUUGGACCAAACAGUAAGAUUGUUACGGUUGAUGGAAACUUGGCCUCUGGCAAAGGGAAACUUGCAAAAGAACUAGCACAAAGACUCGGUAUGAAAUAUUUCCCUGAAGCAGAUCAGUUUUAUCUAGACAAGGUUUAUGGCGAUGGGAAAAUCCUCCCUACAAAAUUCUGUGGGAUUUACAGCCUGGAGAAGUUUUAUGAGGACCCGAAGUGCUCUGAUGGCAAUUCGUACCGCCUACAGAACUGGAUGUUCAGCAUGCGCAUGCUACAGUACGCAGACGCUUUGGAGCAUCUUCUGAGCACAGGUCAGGGAGUGAUAUUGGAACGAUCUCCCUACAGUGAUUGUGUUUUCCUUGAAGCCAUGUUAAAGAAUGGAUACAUUCGCCCAGAAUGUGUGACUCAUUAUAAUGAGGCAAAGAAUGUAAGCAUCGAUGAGUUCCUGCCUCCACAUAUUGCUAUAUAUGUGGAUGUCCCUGCAGCUGAAGUGUACAAGAAGAUCCAGGAGAAAGGCGAUGCUUUUGAAAAGAAAGUGGCCCUAUCGUACCUCGAGAGCAUUGAGGAUGCAUACAAAACAUCUUUCCUCCCCAAGAUUAGUGAGACAACUGAGGUUUUACAGUAUACUGGAGGUGAUGCACUAACUGUAGAGCAGGUUGCUGAGGAUGUUGAAUACACAAAGGCUACUAAAGGUCCAUGGUUAGAACAAUCUGACGUCACCUUUCAUCAUUUACGUAUUCUGGUGCAAGAUAAAGCCAAAGUUGCUAAUCUCUUUGUCUUGCCCUCCUUCAUCCCAGAAGUCACAGUUGGAGGAUUAACAUAUGACAAGUUGUACUAUCAGUACCAUGAUAUUCCAGGUAAAAAGUAUGCAUACGGAUUCAAUAAUGAUGUUGGGGACAAGUACAUUUGGCUGAAGUGAAAGAGAAAAAUGUUAAGCCUUGUUAACAGAAUC